UCAAAUUCAAAAUUGGAGGCAAAAAUAAAGUUUUGAGUUUUAAUUUCUUUUGCUGUAAAAGCUAAUAAAACUAAUGAUAAAUCAAUGAAAUGGAUCCUUAUGAAAUAGAAUUUAUAGGUGAAAAUAGAAUUGUUAGUAUAAUACCGAACUUUUCUCAUGAUAAAAUAUUUUUAAUUUGCGGCGAGUUUGGACCGUUCCGGGCUGGUUUACCAAUGAACGUACCUUUGUGGCUGGGUGUUAUGUUGAAACAGAAGCAGAAGUGUAGAAUAGUUGCACCAGAUUGGAUGGAUAUUGAAGUUUUGGAGAACAUUAAAGAAGAAGAAAAAAAGUCAAGGUUCUUCACAAAGAUGCCAAAUGAACACUAUAUGGUAGAAGCUAAGCUGAUAUUGGGGACUGCUGCGGAAGAUAUACCAAGAGCUUCAGAAAUAAAAACAAUAAUUAAAGAUAUCUGGGAUAUACGAAUGUCAAAGUUAAGGACUUCAAUGGAUGCUCUCAUGAAAACCGGAGGCAGUUAUGGUAGACUUGAUCAUUUGACAAUGAUGGAGAUAAAUUCAGUAAAACCAUUGCUUCCGGAAGCUAUGAAUGAAUUGCACAGGAUAAAAAUGAAUGCAAGAAAGACAAUGCCGUCCAGUCUCAACACCACAGUCAGUCAGCCCGGCAGCUCACAGAGUAUAUUAUAAUAAAUAAAUU